AACCGGAUGCCUUUAGGCUUAUUGUCUUUUGUUAAAUUUACAAAAUAUGAACCGUACAUUGCCCAUAGAUUUUUCUAAUUUACUUGAAAUUCCUGACGAUUAUGAUGUAAAAUUUAUAGUUGGUAAAGAAGAAAAUAUUAAGGAAUUUAAAGCACAUUCGUUAAUUUUAUCUUCUAGAUCAAUCUAUUUUAAAAAUGGAUUAUCUGCACGAUGGGUAAGAAAAGAAGAUGGAAUCAUCAUUUUUAAUAAGCCUAAUAUUUCACCUUUGGUGUUUGAGGUUAUUAUGAAGUAUAUUUAUACAGGAUUACUUUAUAUUAAAGAUAAUAAUGAAAUUAGUCUUGUUGAUGUUGCUAUCGCAGCGGAUGAGCUUCAAUUAAUUGAAGUAUUUCAACAACUUGAGGAAAUUUUAACUGAAAAUAGAUCUGCUUGGCAACCAAAAGAUAUUAUCAAAGUUUGUCAACAUAGUCAUUUCAUUAAUUUAUAUAAUUUUGUAUUUGAAUUAGUUUGUAGUAAUCCUAAAAUUAUUUUUGAAACGGAGGAGUACUUAAAAAUUGAAGAAUCUUUCUUUAUACAACUUUUAAAAUGUGAUGAUCUUAAAUUAGAAGAGAUUGAAAUUUGGGAAUAUUUAAUUAAAUGGGGAAUUGAAAAUACUAAUUCUAUUUUAGAUGGUGAUAUAACUAAAUGGACGUCAACAGAUUUCAUAAAUCUAGAAAAAAUAAUUCAUAAUUGUAUUCCUCACAUUCGAUACUUCCAAAUGUCAUUCAAUGAUUAUACAAAAGUUAGGACUCAAUUUAAGGAUAUCUUACCGGAUGGUCUUGAUGGAGAAGUUCUUCAAUAUUUAUCAAAUCCUAAUUUCAAAACUACAUUCAAUGUUUUACCCUCAAGAUCUCUAUUUGACUCGAAAAUUAUUAAUUCUAGAGAUGCAGCAUUGAUAGCAAGUUGGAUUGAUAAAAAACGUGUAGCAUCUUACAAUUUUGAAAAUAUACCUUUUAAACUUAAACUUAUUUAUCGUGCAAGUCAAGAAGACUUUAAAAUCAAUAAAUUUCAUGAGAAUUGUGAUAAUAAGGGACCAACAGUUGUUGUCAUUAAAGUUCACGAAUCAGGUGAAAUAAUUGGUGGAUAUAAUCCAUUGGAAUGGCGUAGUUUUAAAAUAGCAGAAGAUGAAAGGAGUUCCUUAUUAUAUCAUAAUUGUGAUUUUUACAAUAACCAUCAACGUAAAUCAUCAAAUAGUUUUAUAUUUUCAUUAACAAAUCGAACAGCACCUGUAUUAAGUCGUGUCACAUCUAAAAGAGAAGCAAUCACUUGGUGCAAAAACAAAGGACCUUGUUUUGGAUUACAAGACUUGUUUGUGUAUUCUUUAAAUAAUAAUAUUGUCGGCAAAAGCAAGCAGCAUUCUUAUGAAAAGAAAGUUAUUAACAAAGAAGCUUUUGAAAUAGAAGAAUAUGAAGUAUUUCAAAUUGUUGAUGAUAGACUUAGUAGUAGAAUUUUUCGAAGUAUUAAUAGGAUUUUUCGAUUUAUCAAGAGAAUGUUUAAGAGAGUAAUUCGAUUUAUUAAAUGGAUGUUUGGGAAAUUUGUUAUUUUUCUGCCAGUAAUAUUUGUAAUUUUAAUAUAUUCAUUUUCUAUAUCUUUUGUUUUUUAUUUUGCAUCAAUAAUUUACAACUUUUAUCAACAAAGUAAUUUUUUGGGUGUUAUUGGUGCUAUUUUUGUAUGGUCACUAUUACAAUGUAUUUUGAAAUGUCUUUCUAGUGCCAUUGCCAAUUCUUAAACGCUUAUAAAAAUAUAAAGCGUGUAUGUACUGUAUAUGGUAAGCAGAAGGAAUAAUAAAUACGUAGUGAAAUAAAUUAUAUUAAAAUACUAAUAAAUAUAUCACUGUCGAUCAAUUUACGAAUGUAAACUCAAUUAUAUUUAUAACAAU